AUGAUUACAUUGCCAAGUGUAAAUGAUGAAUUUUUGACUUUAGAAGCUUUGGAGGAAGCUACACAAGCUGCUGCCAAAGCCCAAGGUUUUGCAUUUUCAAGACGUACUAGCAAUUUGGAAGGUCAUGACAGCAAAUCACCUUUUAUUGUUUUACAGUAUACAAAAGGUGAAAAAUGGCCUACUGCUACUAAAAAACAAUUGUCUAUUGUAUGGAUUAUUACAAAGGUUGAAUAUACUCAUAACCAUUUAUUACUUUCAUCAAAUGAGCUUUUGCAUGAACUAAAUAUUGUUGGCACACUUACACGUAUUAUUACUAGUGCUAUUAAUCAGUUUAGUAAUAGUGGUAUUGUUGUACCAAAGGAUAUU